UAGAUCAGCACCAAUCCUAACUAGAUUCGCUCUUAUCAAAGAUUAAUACUGCUGCGAAUUAAUUUUACUCUGAAAAUGGCCAUAAAGCACACAGCAUAAUUAAGAAGGCUGGUGCUUGUCCAUACUGGAAAACACGGUAGCACUUAGCUCUCUCUCUCUAGACACACGCAUAACUCUGGUAAUGAUGGCUGCUUGUACAUUGAGGUUGCUGUUGUCUCCUACCAGGGGCAUCCAUCAACUGUUUUCUCACACUCGCAACUUCUGCUCAUCAUCUGUUCCCUCCCAAUUUGAAAGAGUUGGAUUCAUAGGACUUGGAAACAUGGGAUCAAGGAUGGCUGAUAACUUGUUUAAAGCUGGAUACAGUGUUGUCGUUCAUGAUAUUAACCAUGAUGUGAUGAAAGCAUUCUCGGACAAAGGGUUUCUUACAAAGAAUUCACCUCUUGGAGUUGCUGAGGAGAGUGAUACUGUAAUCACAAUGCUGCCAUCUUCUGCCCAUGUGAUGGAUGUUUAUAUGGGACCGGAAGGUAUCCUUAAUCACGGGGAUCAGGUUAGGUCGCGGUUAUUCAUAGAUUCCUCAACAAUCGAUCCUCAAACAUCCAGAAAGGUUUCUGCAGCCGUUGCUGCUACUAUUUUAAAUGGUGGUUCUGCUAUGUUGGAUGCCCCUGUGUCUGGAGGUAUCAUAUCAGCUGAAAACGGAACUCUUACGUUCAUGGUUGGUGGUUCUGAGGAAGCUUAUAGGUCUGCGAGACCUUUGUUUCUCUCGAUGGGGAAAAACGUCAUAUACUGCGGAGGUCCAGGAACUGGUUCGGCAGCAAAGAUUUGCAAUAAUUUGGCGAUGGCUGUGAGCAUGCUCGGGGUUUCAGAAGCUUUUUCGCUCGGACAGUCACUGGGCAUCGGAGCAGCUACUUUGACUGAGAUAUUUAACUCUUCGAGUGCCCGAUGUUGGAGUAGUGACACUUACAAUCCGGUGCCAGGAGUGAUGGAAGGGGUGCCGGCAUCUAGGAAUUACGAUGGAGGGUUUGCUACGAAACUGAUGGCUAAGGACCUGAACCUUGCGGCAAUAUCAGCCAACGAAGUCGGUGCAAGAAGUCCGAUGACAUCUUCAGCACAAAAGAUAUUCACAGAACUUUGUGACCGAGGUUUCGAAACAAAGGACUUCUCUUGCGUAUUUCGCCAUUAUUUCCAUGGCAAGGACGAGGUGUAAUGUAGAGCAAGAACGGGAAUCAAUGUACACAGUUCGUUUUAUCUACUUUAUUAAGUGUUAUGAGAUUGAUCAGAACUUAAUCAAAAGUUAUGAUUUAAAUGACAA